CUCUCUCUCUCACACACACACACAUUUAGUAAACCAACACAUGGAACCACCACCAAACAUACCAUCUCAAGUGUCUUUCUAGCUUUAGGACCAGUUGGAGGAAAGUGGGUUGUUUUCCUCUCUUUUGAAGACUCGGUAGCUUUUGCUUUUCCUUUACUGCCUCUCGAUCUAUGGAUACUGGUCAGUGGCCACAGGGGAUUGGAGUGAUGAAACCAGUGGAAGGCUCAAGGCCUAUGGUAGAGAGGAAGCCGAGGCCACAAAAAGAACAAGCUGUGAACUGUCCGCGGUGCAAUUCAACUCAUACCAAGUUCUGUUACUACAACAAUUACAGUCUCUCUCAGCCAAGAUACUUCUGCAAGACUUGUAGAAGGUACUGGACUGAAGGUGGGACUCUGAGAAAUGUCCCAGUUGGAGGAAGCUCAAGGAAGAACAAGAGAUCUACUUCAUCAUCAUCACCAGCUUCAUCAAAGAAGCUUGCUGAUCAUGAUCUGGCCCCACCAAGAAUUUCUCAGUCUGCUUCUCAAAACCCUAAGAUCCGCGAGGGCCAAGACCUCAACCUAGCUUACCCGCCCUCUGGUGAUUACAAUAGCCUCUCUGAAUUCAUUGGGUUACCCUACAGUAACAACAAUAUAAACCCUAAUACUUCAUCAACAUCAUCUCAUCUCUCUACCAUGGAACUUCUCAAGCUUGGAAUUACUUCAAGAGGACUGAAUUCUUUCAUGCCGAUGUCGGUUUCUGAUUCGAGUACAAUAUACUCAUCUGGCCUGGGUUUGCCAGAAUUUAAACCAAGCCUUAACUUUUCAUUAGAUGGGUUUGAAAGUGGUUUUGGAAGUCUGCAAGGGGUUCCAGAGACUAGUGCAAGACUUCUCUUUCCUUUUGAGGAUUUGAAGCCCGUUUCAGCCACAACUGAAUUAAUUGAGCAAAAUAGAGAGCAAGGAGAGUCUAAUGCUUACUGGAAUGGAGUAUUAGGUGGAGGGUCAUGGUAAUUGCAUGUCUAGUAAAAAAAAAACAGAAGAAGGUGGUGUUGUUUUUUUCUUUUCUUCCAGGUUGGGGGAGACUUGUUUGAGUUUUGAUCAACACUAACAGAUAGAACCUUUAUCUUUCUAUUGGGCUCGAUCUGGAGAUAGAUGGCUCUUAAACUACUUGUGCUUGCACCAUCAAGACCUUGGUUUUGUGUCUAUUGUACGUCUUAAAGAUGUUCUUUUUCUCAAUUCUGCAAGUCUUAAUUCAUGUUGAUUUUGCCAUAAAUAAAGCUCCUAGAUUUAGGUGCAAGAGUUGGUGAGAUGUUUGAAGCUUGUGAGGAGCUAAAAAGGCUUUGCUAUAUAUGUUUGUUUCAAUUUUACAGAGACCAUCUUAUGUGGGUUGAUCACUUGAUUGGUAACUUCUUAUUUAAUCUCAUUGCACUAG